UGUUAGCCCCUACAGUAGGCUUAAAUUAAGACUUAUGCUAUGAGUGAGUUAGAAACUAUAUUCGGUUUAGUUUGUGUCCCAUAUUGAAACUAGCUUCUUUUCGGGUUUGAAACAAAACUUAUUUAUCCUGUGCUUACACUGCAAUCUUUCGUUAAAAUUACCAGGCAAGGGUCAGGUGGGACAUUUGAAGACUGCAGUAAGCUGCAAGCUGUGAUAAUUUUCAAAAAAAGGAUAUUGACCCCAAAAAAAAGAAGAAAAUUAAAUGUGAAUAAAGGGCUUCAAAUUUAUACAAUUUUACGUAUUUUGACGUGGCAUUUUGCCACACACAAUAAUUAAUUAUUAUUUAAUUUAUCACCCCAUCAAAAUGGGAAUCUUCCUUUUCCGAAAAUAAAUAAAAUAAAAAAAUUAGACAAAAUAAAUAAUUAUUUGAAUGUAAUAAUACAAUUAAAGUAAAAUAAUAGACUAAACCUGCCAACUCGUCGAAUCACUCUCGCAUUAUUUUGAUAAAUAAAACUUGUAUACUCGCGUUCCAAAAAAAAAUUGUUUUCAUGUUAUCCAAAUCCGUGGUUGCUCAUUUGUUACGAAGUCAGCAAGGGAAGUACUUCCUGGUGCAUAUAUUUGGAUGAGAUUCCUGAAUAUUCAAGAGCACCAGGAAGCCGAAAUAAUAUUGAUUGUUUUGAUCCUGUCAUAAUAAUGGGGGCAACCAUUUUGGAAUAGAGGACACCACUACGCCCUCUGGUAGAGUUGCGAUCUACCUUACAAGCGACAUCGAUGAAAGUUAUCGACGCGUGAUAUAUCGAUUAUCGACAAAUAGAAAGUAAUUAAUUAGUUUCACUGGGACUCACCACCAAAAAGAAAGCGUGAAAGGUGACGCCGACUAAAGUAAAAGUUCAGCCAUUUAAUUUAUUCUCGUUUUGAUGGUGAUCAAGGCAGCACGCCAAAGAUUUUAAAGAAAAAAAUAAAUAUUAAAAAAAAAAAGUUGAUUGACCAUGUCUGGACGAGGCGCAAUGCGGGGACGGCGUCGCAUCAACGCUAAAGUAAUUCGCCAAGUUUUUGGUGGAGACGAGAAUAAGGAGGUAGAAUGCCUGGUGGUAGCCAGAAGCUUGUGGCUCAGGGGAAGGGCCCCUUCGGAAGCUUCCGACUUUACGGAGGAAGAUUUGAACCAAAUGAUUCGGCGAAUGGCCAAUUCUCCAUCACAGCUAUUGUCCCUACAGGAGGAGGGUCUUCUUCCUAGGCCCGAAAGUCCCCAACAGGCGGAACAGCCUGAACAGGUGGAACAGCCUGUGCAGGCGGAGCAUAUUGCUCCCACACACGAAGAUCGGGAGGUUCGGCAAAGGCAGGUAGCUGCGGCUAUUGCCUAAGGAAGGGCCACAGUUAUUUUAAUUGCCCGACCCGCAUUAAUAAAAAAAAUAAUAAUAAUUAAAUACAUGUAACAUUUUUUUUGUGUCAUUCAAACCCUUGUGAGGGAGGGUAAAUUACCCCUCACUAUUAAAAUAAUUUUCUUUUAUAAACCUCUUGUCUUUUUUUAUUCUCGAUGAUUAAAACGAACCAAAAUUUGAAUAAUAACAAGUAAUACUAGUGAAAUUAAAAUAAAAUAAAAAUAAAUAUUUUUUUUUGUGAGAGCUGAUCUGGUGAGGGGUGGCUCCGAGAUCUGGGGCUUACCUGCUCGACCCCAUUGGGCCGAGUCUUGGCAGGGGAGAGUUGUGACGUGGCAUUUUGCCACACACAAUAAUUAAUUAUUAUUUAAUUUAUCACCCCAUCAAAAUGGGAAUCUUCCUUUUCCUAAAAUAAAUAAAAUAAAAAAAUUAGACAAAAUAAAUAAUUAUUUGAAUGUAAUAAUACAAUUAAAGUAAAAUAAUAGACUAAACCUGCCAACUCGUCGAAUCACUCUCGCAUUAUUUUGAUAAAUAAAACUUGUAUACUCGCGUUCCAAAAAAAAAUUGUUUUCAUGUUAUCCAAAUCCGUGGUUGCUCAUUUGUUACGAAGUCAGCAAGGGAAGUACUUCCUGGUGCAUAUAUUUGGAUGAGAUUCCUGAAUAUUCAAGAGCACCAGGAAGCCGAAAUAAUAUUGAUUGUUUUGAUCCUGUCAUAAUAAUGGGGGCAACCAUUUUGGAAUAGAGGACACCACUACGCCCUCUGGUAGAGUUGCGAUCUACCUUACAAGCGACAUCGAUGAAAGUUAUCGACGCGUGAUAUAUCGAUUAUCGACAAAUAGAAAGUAAUUAAUUAGUUUCACUGGGACUCACCACCAAAAAGAAAGCGUGAAAGGUGACGCCGACUAAAGUAAAAGUUCAGCCAUUUAAUUUAUUCUCGUUUUGAUGGUGAUCAAGGCAGCACGCCAAAGAUUUUAAAGAAAAAAAUAAAUAUUAAAAAAAAAAAGUUGAUUGACCAU